UGUGGGUUUCUCUGUAACCAGACACUGUCGUCGUAAUUAUUUUAAUACUGUUGUUCAAAAACAUAAUAACAAGAUGCGUUCAAAAAUCGCAUUUCUUCUGAUCGGGAUAGUUAUUUGUUCAUCUUUGCUAGAUUUUGGUUUUUAUUGUAACGCCGCUAGCUCCGAGUCUAGUUCCAGCGCCAACGCCAGCUCCAGUUCCAACUCUAGUAGUAGCAGCGACGGCUCUAGUGGCAGCAACAGCACCAGUAGCAGCGACGCCACCAGUGUUAGCAACAGCACCAGUAGCAGCGACGCCACCAGUGGUAGCAACAGCACCAGUAGCAGCGACGCCACCAGUGGUAGCAACAGCACCAGUAGCAGCGACGCCACCAGUGGUAGCAACAGCACCAGUAGCAGCGACGCCACCAGUGGUAGCAACAGCACUAGCAGUAGCGACAGCACCAGUGGCAGUGACAGCACCAGUAGCAGUGGCAGCACCAGUGGCAGUGACAGCACCAGUAGCAGUGGCAGCACCAGUGGCAGUGACAGCACUAGUAGCAGCGACGCCACCAGUGGCAGUGAAGCCACCAGUGGCAGUGAAGCCACCAGUGGCAGUGAAGCCACUAGUGGCAGUGAAGCCACCAGUAGCAGCGACGCCACCAGUGGCAGUGACAGCACCAGUAGCAGCGACGCCACCAGUGGCAGUGGCAGCACUAGUAGCAGCGACGCCACCAGUGGCAGUGGCAGCACUAGUAGCAGCGACGCCACCAGUGGCAGCGACGCCACCAGUAGCAGUGGCAGCACCAGUGGCAGUGACAGCACCAGUAGCAGUGGCAGCACCAGUAGCAGUGGCAGCACCAGUAGCAGCGACGCCACCAGUGGCAGUGACAGCACCAGUGGCAGUGACAGCACCAGUAGCAGCGACGCCACCAGUGGCAGUGGCAGCACUAGUAGCAGCGACGCCACCAGUGGCAGCGACGCCACCAGUGGCAGUGACGCCACCAGUGGCAGUGACGCCACCAGUAGCAGUGGCAGCACCAGUGGCAGUGACAGCACUAGUAGCAGCGACGCCACCAGUGGCAGUGACAGCACCAGUAGCAGUGGCAGCACCAGUGGCAGUGACAGCACUAGUAGCAGCGACGCCACCAGUGGCAGUGAAGCCACCAGUGGCAGUGAAGCCACCAGUGGCAGUGAAGCCACUAGUGGCAGUGAAGCCACCAGUGGCAGUGAAGCCACCAGUGGCAGUGACAGCACCAGUAGCAGCGACGCCACUAGUGGCAGUGACAGCACCAGUAGCAGCGACGCCACCAGUGGCAGUGACAGCACUAGUAGCAGUGGCAGUGACAGCACCAGUAGCAGCGACGCCACCAGUGGCAGUGACAGCACUAGUAGCAGUGGCAGUGACAGCACCAGUAGCAGUGGCAGCACCAGUGGCAGUGACAGUACCAGUAGCAGCAACGCUACCAGUAGUAGCAACAGCACCAGUAGCAGUGACAGCACUAGUAGCAGCGACGCCACCAGUGGCAGUGACAGCACCAGUAGCAGUGGCAGCACCAGUGGCAGUGAAGCCACCAGUGGCAGUGAAGCCACCAGUGGCAGUGAAGCCACUAGUGGCAGUGAAGCCACCAGUGGCAGUGAAGCCACCAGUGGCAGUGAAGCCACCAGUGGCAGUGAAGCCACCAGUGGCAGUGACAGCACCAGUAGCAGCGACGCCACUAGUGGCAGUGACAGCACCAGUAGCAGCGACGCCACCAGUGGCAGUGACAGCACUAGUAGCAGUGGCAGUGACAGCACCAGUAGCAGUGGCAGCACCAGUGGCAGUGACAGUACCAGUAGUAGCAACAGCACCAGUAGCAGUGACAGCACCAGUGGUAGCAACAGCACCAGUAGCAGCGACGCCACCAGUGGUAGCAACAGCACCAGCAGCAGCGACGCCACCAGUGGUAGCAACAGCACCAGUAGCAGUGACGCCACCAGUGGUAGCAACAGCACUAGUAGCAGCGACGCCACCAGUGGUAGCAACAGCACCAGUGGCAGUGACGCCACCAGUGGUAGCAACAGCACUAGUAGCAGCGACAGCACCAGUAGCAGCGACGCCUCCAGUAGCAGCGACAGCUCAAGUGGCAGUGCAAAUAAUACAAGUAGUGGUAACACUACUGAUUGUGGAAAUUCAACUACCCGGCAAUGGGGAUCCUUACAAAACGGAUCGAUAGUAAUCGAAGCUCUGACAUCUGAGACAUUAGAAGGAGCUAUAGAUGUCAUAAGAGAGACAUUUUUCACUCAAGAAAGUGUGUCUCUAGCCUGCGAAGUAUUAUCGGAAUCUGGAGCAUCAGAAGAACUUGAAGAAUUGAAUAAACUUAUUGCUCAAGAUGGAGUCAGUCUCAUCGCAAGAGAUGUUAACUCGAGUAAAGUCGUCGCCGUAUCAAUCAACAAAUUGGAUGAUCUUUCAGGUGAAGAUAAUAGAAGUUUCUUAGAAAAAUCCCGAGAAAAUCUUAAGUACAACGGGUCAGCAUGUCUUGUAGACUUUAUGAUCAAUGUUAGCUCAAGAGUGAAUAUUUCGGAACAAUACAAUACAAGCUGUAUACUUAGCAUAAUAACCUUAGUAACAGACGCGGAAUACCAAAAUCAAGGAAUUGGCCAAACAUUGGUAUCCGCAUCAUUAGAUAUGGGAAGACAAUUAUAUGCCGGAGAAGAUGUAAAAACACCUCUUGAUGCUGAGUCAGCCUCCAAUAUCACUGCUAAUCCCGGGGUUUUGUCAGCAAUAAUGACAUUCAAUUAUUCACAAGCAAUCGCACAUAAACUUGGCUUCGAUGAAUUGUACGAAGCGGACUACAGUCAAUUCGAGUAUGAUGGUAAAACGUUCUUGGAACGAUUAGAAAAUCGAACAUCCGCUAUACUUUUUGCGAAGAGUCUCCAGUGCGAAAAUUAAUGCUAGUUCAACAAAAAAAAAUUCAUUUGUUUUCACUUAUUAAUUUGCUUCAGCUCAAAGUUAAUCAUUUUUUUACAACUUUCAUUACAUUUAUAAAUUUGUGCUUUACCCUACAGAAAAAUCCACGUGGGAAUUUAAGCUGGAUGUUCGAAUGCCGUUUU